UCACUUCACAGAACCCUUAGCCAGCCAGAGUCCGAGACUCCGAGCCGGGGCCAUCCGCCCCUCUUACUCAACACAAGUUUCCUUUACAAACAUUUCGGCAAGAUGAGGAUCUUGGUCUUCCUCACAUUCUUGCUCCAGCUAAACCUCAUUGCCGUCGCCAAUGGUGGCGUGCAGUCUCAUGCUGGCCAAGACCUUCAACAGGCGUUUGGCCUUUUCAGCUGGAUCAAGAACCUCGUGAAAACUGGCAGCAGUGGAACUGACAUCGUCAACAGAUACUACGAGAGCAAGAAUUCAUUACGCUUCUGUCCCCCUGACGUGCUGUUUCUCCUGGACGGCUCUGACAGCGUGAGUCCUUACGGAUUCCAGUCUGCCAAAGAAGCGCUCAUCCGAGAGAUCCGCGCAGUCACCAAUACGUUUGCUGAUGCCGAUGUUGGAGUAAUCCUAUUCAGCGACUACCUUCAGCAGAUUUCUCUGAAAUCGAGAACGCCGGAUGAGAUCGAACAACUGAUCGCCGAAGUUGAUGGAUUGGUCCAGCCAAGAAAGAAGACUUCCAUGCCCAAAGCUCUUCAGCUCGCAGGUGACACCCUGAAGGAACGCAUGAUUAACGCCCAGAGAGCUUACAACGGAAAUCGGACUGGUGGUGUCAUCGUCCUUAUUUCUGACGGUCAUCCGAAUGAUGCCAGGGCUACUGUCCAGGAAGCCAAGAUAAUCCAUAACAUGGAUAUGAAGAUCAUUUCUCUCUCCAUCGAGAAAGCUCACAUGGUCCUUCUCCAAGACAUCUCCGACCUGGUGCAAGACUACAGGACACCCAUUGACUGGCGCAGUAUGGUUGCUUGCCCAGCUAAAGUGUUGCAGAAAGUGCCAGUUGGUUCAGACUGCAGAGAUAUCCUCAUGGUCGUUGAUGGGUCAGACAGUGUUCUGCUGAGGAAACAGACCGUCCGUAACUACCUGGCAUACACUGCUCUCCGCUAUGCGGGCUCUUCCAACUGGAUGGGUGUGAACAUCUAUGGCACUGAUCCUAAUGUUCAGUCUGAGGCAACCAGAGUCAGGUUGAUGUCGUCUUCGUAUGAACUCGCAGACCGCAUUCGUAAUGUGCUUUUGUUUCCAACCACUGGUGGCACCGGCACCCACUUGGCCGUCCGUCAGAGCGUAGAUAUGCUGGAUGACGACUUUAGAAAAAACCCAGCCGGCAUGGUCCUCAUCACUGAUGGCCCUCCAAUUGAUGUUGAAGCCACUAGACAAGCUAUACAAGAUGCCCGUGACCGCGGGUACAUAGUGGUCAUCAUUCGUAUUGGCCCAGUGCUCACCGACGACGUUCUCAACCAGAUAACUGGCGGGCAGAACGCGAACGUAUUCUCUGUGAAUGAUUUCACCGAACUGUAUGCUGUUGAUUUCGAUAGCAUUUUCUGUGGAAAUGAUCAAUCUUGCAAUGUUGACCCACUGAGCUGCAAGAACCCGUACCGCUUUGACAGAGGGAGAUGUGCUUGUGUUUCAAGACAACCAGUGUAAGUGCCAGUGCUUAAACCGAUGUCCUACUGGUCAGCGUCUGGGCUCAGAUUGCAGCUGUAUCAGCCAAUGCCCUAGCAGUUGUCCGUCUGGAAUAAGCACACAACAGGCAGAUUGCAGUUGUCAGUGCACAGACAGUCGGCUCACCUAUUUCCCAUCAACAAGAACUUGUAGUAAGUUUAAUGAUUCAAUUCUUCUAUGUUUGGUUUCUGAGAAUAAAAUGGGCCACGUUAUUCAAUGAUACUAAAGGAUGUAAAUGAGUCUGGACAUCUUCUCUUUGAAAUGAAGUAGCAGCUGCUGCUUCUUGCUGAACUGUAUUAUCUGGAACUAAUAAUGCUGGCGAAAAGUG